CAACACAGGUUUUACCAAUAACAUUAAUUAGGGUUCCACUCUAGGUUUGAGAGCAAGUGUAAGAGUAGGUGGCACAAAAUACCUGACAUUUUAACCAGUAGAAGCUGUUUUUCCUGAAAAUGUGUUGUUUUAAAACUACUGACCGUGAAACGGUCUGUGACAUUUGAAGAUGGCCUCAGGAUGGAGUAUAUGGAACUUUGUAUUGCUACAGGAAGCAAGUAAGCAAACACUUUUAUUUUUGUGUAAUAAGCAGCUGUGAAUAUAUUAAUGACAUAAACUUGUAUUUCCUGCUUGAAAGACCCAAAACCAAUGAGCUUCAAGAACAAAGAUGUCAGAAGCGUGUCUGUAUCUGCAGACGCCUGAGGAUGCUAACAGCAUAGCCAGGGCAGGCUAGUCAACAACAAGAACGCUGUGAUUUGCUGUGCAAUGGAUUGGAAGUGCUGCAUCCUAAUCAACCUGCCGUGCCAUCAUUUCCAUGGAACAAUGCAUGUGAGAUCAUGAGAUUAUGUGGAGGAGCUGACGUGUGUGAUGGCCAGAUUGGACCUGCAGGUUCCCAUACGCACAGAUUUGUGUUACCAUUACCUUCCAACCAAGCAGCCCAGCCCAAAGAACUGACCGCACUGCGCCGCCCCCCCUCCCCCUCCCUUUCCCUUUCCCUGGGCGUCCCUCAAUCCUGGACCCACCAUGGGAGGAUGCUUCUCCAAACCCAAACCAGUUGACGUUAAAGUGGAACUCUCUCUCCUGGAUAAAGAAAAAGAGGUGGACGGGCUGUCACCGAACGGUAAAGCGAGUCCCUUUGCGGACUGCAGACUUAACGGAGCACUGGGACAUGGCUCUGAUGACGACUCCACCCCACUUCCCCCCUACCACAAACCGCGGGACUACGUGGAGGCCUCAGUCUGUCACGUUAAAGACCUGGAAAAUGGACAGAUGCGCGAGGUUGACUUGGGAAGUGGGAGAGCUCUGUUGAUCAAAGAACACGGCGAGUUCUCAGCCAUGGGCCACAAGUGUCCACACUAUGGAGCCCCCCUGGUCAAAGGCGUGUUGUCAAAGGGACAUGUGCGCUGUCCGUGGCACGGUGCGUGUUUCAACAUUGCGACAGGAGACCUUGAGGACUUUCCAGGACUGGACAGUCUGCCGAUCUUCCAGGUCAGAGUUGAAAAGGACAAGGUGAUCAUCCGCGCAAACAAGCAGGCUCUUCAGUCACAGAAGAGGUCAAAGCCCAUGUCUCGAUGUUCGGCAGUCAUUAACUCCAGCACUGGCUUCAGCCAUGUUAUCAUCAUUGGCUCAGGUCCGGCAGCGUUGGUGUGUGCGGAGACACUCAGGCAAGAGGGCUUCACCGAUCGUAUAGUCAUGUGCACCAUGGACAGACAUCCUCCAUAUGACAGGACUAAACUGAGUAAGUCCCUAGACAUCACAGCAGAGCAGCUGAGACUGCGCUCCAUGGAGUUUCUGCAGGACCAUGACAUUGAACUGCUCACAGAGAAAGAGGCCGUGGCAAUAGACGUGAAAACACGAUCUGUGACAUUUGAAGACGGCCUCAGGAUGGAGUACAGGAAACUUUUCAUUGCUACAGGAAGCAAACCCAGACCAAUGAGCUUCAAGGGCAAGGACGUCAGGAACGUGUUUCAUCUGCGGACGCCUGAGGACGCUAACAGCAUAGCCAGGCUGGCCAACAUCAAGAACGCUGUGAUUGUGGGAACAUCAUUUGUUGGUAUGGAGGUGGCUGCAGCUCUAACUGACAAGGCCCACUCAGUCUCUGUCAUUGGGAUCGAGUCAGUCCCCUUCAAAAAAGCUCUCGGGGAGAAAGUGGGGAAAGCCAUAAUGAAGCUGUUUGAAGCAAACGGGGUGAAGUUCUACAUGAUGAACGAGGUGUCAGAGAUGAUCGGCCAUCAUGGACAGCUGAAAGAGGUGGUACUCAAGAGUGGGAAAGUCCUACGGGCCGACGUGUGCGUCAUCGGUGCAGGAAGUGUCCCUGCAACAGGCUUCCUGAAACAGAGUGGCCUCCACGUGGACUCCAAGGGCUUUAUCACCGUCAACAAAACGAUGCAGACAAAUGUUGAUGGAGUCUUUGCUGGAGGAGACGUGGUGGUGUUUCCUUUCCCGCCGCGCAACAACAAGAAGGUGAACAUCCCCCACUGGCAAAUGGCUCAUGUACACGGAAGGGCGGCGGCUCUCAGCAUGAUGGGCCGAGCCUCUGAGAUGAAAACUGUGCCUUAUUUUUGGUCUGCCAUGUUUGGGAAGACCAUUCGCUAUGCAGGGUACGGGGAUGGAUUUGAUGAUGUCGUUAUACAAGGAGAUCUGGAUGAACUUAGAUUUGUAGCAUUUUAUACCAGGAGCGAGGAGGUGGUCGCGGUCGCCAGUAUGAACUAUGAUCCCAUUGUGUCCAGGGUGGCCGAGGUCUUAGGAUCUGGAAAGACGAUUAAGAAACGAGAUGUGGAGAUGCUAGCACGACUCGGCAAGACUGGAGACAUUUCUUGGUUGAUUGACAAAGGCUCUCAAUGACUUUACACCUGAAUGUCCCCAAAGGACAAACCCCAUGUCCAGUGGACACCUCACUGUGGACACUAAUGGUGCUGAGACACUAAGCAGCUAUUCUUCUUCUUUGGACACAACUACACACGUUCCCUUAUUUCUAUCACUCUUUCUCUCUCACACACACACACAUUGGGGACAGGACCAUGUCUGCGUAGGACCAGGACAACACUGAGACUUGCUUUUGUUCCCGAGAGACAUUUGAACGUGACAAAUGGAGUCAUACGUGGUCCGAGUACACUGUUGUCAUGCUUGACUUAAAAAAAAAAAAAAAAAAAAAGCAAUACUGGUUCGAGUCUCUGUGCUGCUGCUAGAAGAUGCAUCUACCUGUACACUUGUUUAUAAAAGGCCAGGAACAGA